GUUUUUAUAUUUUUAAAAAAAAAUAAAAAUGAGUACAAAUUGCUCAGAACUUUUUCCUAAAAAUAGUAAGAUAAUCAAGAAUGAUAUUAUAACAGGAGAUGUUGAAAAACUCGAAAAAAAAAUGGACAUUUUGAGGGUGCAAAACGAAAAAACAAAUGAAAACAAUAAUGAAGUGAAAAAUGACAAUAAUAUUGCUUCAAACGCUUUCAUUUUUACAAAAAACAUUGGGGAUGUUGACUCUGUUAAUUAUGAAAUUAAAAAGGAUAAGGAGUUAUUAGAAAAAACAGAAAAUUAUCAUGAUAAUUUAAUUGAUAAUAAUGUUGAUAUUACUGUUAAGUUGACGGAUAUACAAGGAGAUCCUAAUUCACCGCUUUAUUCAGCGAAAAGAUUUGAAGAUCUUGCGCUUCAUGAAGAUUUGUUAAAAGGAAUCUAUGCUUUGAAAUUUCAGAGACCCUCUAAAAUUCAAGAAAAAGCUUUGCCUUUACUUCUUAGUAAUCCACCUAGAAAUAUGAUAGGACAAUCUCAAUCAGGAACAGGAAAAACAGCAGCAUUUUCAUUGACGGUGUUAUCUAGGAUAGAUUAUAGUAGAAAUGUUGUUCAGGCUAUAUGUUUGUUUCCAUCUAGAGAACUUGCUAGGCAAACGAUGAAUGUUAUUUCUGAAAUGGGACGGUUUACACCUGUAAAAAUAGCUUUUGCUGUUAAAGAUUCUUUAGUAAAGAAAGAAAAAAUAGCGGCGCAUGUUGUUGUUGGGACUCCUGGCACUGUAUUAGAUUUAAUUACAAGGAGGUUAAUUGAUACUGAGGAUAUUAAAAUCUUCGUUUUAGAUGAGGCGGAUAAUAUGCUUGAUCAACAAAGUCUUGGGGCUCAAAGUAUGAGGAUUAAAAGUCGGUUACCAAAAACGACUCAAAUUGUUCUCUUUAGUGCAACUUUUCCUGAUGAUGUGGUAGAAUUUUCUUCAAGAUUUGCACCCAAUGCCAAUGAGAUACGGCUAAAAAUAGAGGAACUCAGUUUGGAUGGAAUAAAACAGUUUUAUAUGGAUUGUAGAAAUGAACAGCAUAAAUAUGAUGUUUUGGUUGAGUUGUAUACUUUUUUGACAAUAGGACAAUCUAUUAUAUUUGUAAGACAACGUAAUCAGGCCGAUAUGAUAGCCAAGAAAAUGACGGAAAGUGGGCAUGCUGUUGUGUCACUACAUGGAGCUCUUGAUGGUUCUCAAAGAGAUUCAAUAAUGGAUGAUUUCCGUUCCGGGAAAAGUAAAGUUUUGAUAACAACCAACGUUAUAGCAAGAGGAAUAGACGUUUCACAAGUGAAUAUGGUUGUUAACUAUGAUAUUCCAUUAGAUCAUAUGAACAAACCAGAUCCUCAAACAUACCUUCAUAGAAUUGGUAGAACAGGAAGAUUUGGACGUACUGGUGUUAGCAUAAAUUUUGUACAUGACAAAAAAAGUUUUGAGGAAAUGAAUGUUAUACAACAGUAUUUUGGAAAAUCGAUGAUUAAAGUUCCUACAGAUGAUCUGGAAGAACUUGAAAAAAUAAUUAAGGAAGCAUUGAAAACUUAGAUAUCAAAUAAUUAUUAUAUGUUUUAAUUUAUUUAAAUAAAAUGAAGUGUAUAUGUUUCGAAACAAUGCAUUUGCUUUCUAUAUAUAAACACUAAAAUUAGCAAUAUGGUUAAUCUCUAGGUUGAAUUUAGAAGCUAUUACUAUAAUCGUAUAGAAAAAUAUUAAAAUACGUAUAUUCGAAAUAAUGGAAUAAACAAGAUGAAAUAAAUAUAAAACCUUAAAUUAAAAUAGAUCCUCGUGGAAGCACCCUUAUCCUUAGAAGGGGUGGUAUUAUCAUUGGAAUCAUCAGAUGUAGUGUCGCUUGUAUCUUCGGGAUUAUUAUUGUAAUCCUAUAGAGAUUAGAAUUAAUCUAUCUAUCUAUAUAUGCCUUUCUUACUAUUGGUCUAAUAUAUCUAUUUUUUGAUCCUAAAGGACGAAGUCCUAGAGGUCUCCCAGCUCCAUUCUUAAAGUAUCUUUCAGCACCUCGGGGUACAUUUGGAAGAGCAGCAUGAACAUUAAAAGAAAAUGCAUCUUUUGGACAUUCGUUACCCCCUCCUCUAAUUUUAUAUCCACCUCCAUUACUAGGAAAACUUAAUUUUGAAUAUUGUUCUUUUAGAUUUAAAUAAUCUUGUUUUUUUGUAACUUCUUUUCCAUUAACAAUAACAAGUCCAUAAUUCGGGUUAUUCUUCUCUUCUGUCCAUUCAUAAACAAGUCCUCCAGAAAAAACAUGUAUCAUUUUGGAUGAAUAAAUGUGCUCAACUUCAUCAAAUGGCCUUGGGACUGCUCUAUUACAACCAUAUUCACUAAAAAAUAUAGGAAUUGUAAAAUCAAAGAAAUCAACGACCCUCUGAGAAUAUCCACUGGUUGUAAAUGAGGAAGGAGAACACCAUGAAUAUAAAUUAAUGGCAUAAAAAUCCACACGCUCUGCCUCUUCUCCACAGUUUAAAUAGAAUGCUGUAGGAACACGAUUAUUAAGAUCUGUUGCAGAAUAACCUACAGGUAUUUUUCUUGAUGACUGCAAAGAAAUAUAUUUCUUUAAAUCUCUAUAGAAGUAAAUUUAUUAUUAAAAAAAUAUAGAUCAAGUAACCGAACUACUGCUUUAACCCAAGGUAAGGCAUUGGUUUGUUCUACUGAUGCAACUACUUCAUUCCCUGCGAAAAACCCUGCAACAUUAGAAUAUUUUUUAAAAGCAUCAACUGUUGCGAAAAUGUUUUGAAGAUAUUCUUGUGUAUAUGAAGAUUUAGUAUUAAGGCUCCAGAGUGAUAUAAGUGCUGUAUUAACAUCAAGAAAUAGAUAAAUUCCAUUUUUAUCCAAAAUAUCCAUACAAUAAUCAUGAUUAUCAGCAUUGUCUACCUGAUAAACACGAAUUGAAUUAAUUCCCAAUUCUUUCAUCAAAGGGAAAUCUCUUUCACAUGCUUCUUUAUUUGAAAGAGGAUCGAUAAUGCCCGAACUUCCACC